AUGGCCUCCUCAGAGAGAGCUCUUGCUGUGGCGGCCCUGCUGCUGCGGGUUCUCACGCUCCUUCUCCUCAUAGCUUCUCUUAUCAUCAUAGCGACUGACAAAAUCUACUCACCAUUUACUGACGUAGAAGACCCACCAAAUAUGACUUUUCGGGAUUUCUACGCGUACCGGUAUGUUCUGUCUGUUGCUGUCAUUGGAUGUGCCUACACUCUGCUGGUGAUUCCAUUUGCUGCAAUUCAUGUUUCCCAGGGGAAGAGAAUUGGGCACAGUCGUGCCACAUCUUUCCUCAUUUUCACUGAUGUGGUGUGUGCUGUGCUAAUCGCCACAGGAGCUGCCGCAGGCCUGGGUCUAACAGUUGAAUUCCAGCGUUAUCCGCAGAACCAUGAUUUCAAGAAUUUCUUAAACUUGGUGGACGCCUCGUGCGGUUUGUUGCUGGGGGCCACCGUAUGCAUGGUGAUCAUGAUAAUGAUCUCGGUUCACUCACUCACUUAG